AAAAAUAUAAUAGUUGAAAUAUUUAAUGCACACAAAAGUUUUUGUAAAAAGGAAUUGUACAUAAAUGGCAAAGAAGAUGUAUUUGCUAAUGCAUUAACAAUCAACUAUGACAAAUCACCCGAAGUAAAUUCUUUAGAAAAGUACAAAGAAUUUAUUUCCAAAAUUGAUGAAGCAAAAGCUAAAAUUUUUCAAGAGACAAUCCAGAAAUUAAAAGAAAUUCUAAGUAAUUCUAAUGUAGUUCUUCAGUAUGGUUUUUCUGUUGAAUCGACU